CUAGGACGAUAGUAUCAUCAUCAUCUUGGUUCCCCAAUCACACCUCUCUUUUUCUCUCUAAAAUCGCUUUUACUUUCUCUAAUUUAGGGCUCGAACCUCCUCAAUUCAUGAACAAAUUGUUUAAUUUUUUUCCCUUUGCCAUUUAAAUUUACAACGUUUUUGUUUUUAGCUUUCAAAUCUCUCAUAUUAAAGCAAAUAGUGGCCCUUUUAACGCCCGCGAUUUUGCUUUCUAUUACAAGCCAUAGUUUGAUCGUUAGCUUUGCAGUUUUGUAUAUUCUCUCUUUGUAUUGAAUUUGAUCGAUCCGUUAGGGUUUUGCUCCGAUAAUUUGAUCCAAUUGUUAGAGUUUAGAUUUGAACAUUUUCGAUGAAUACGCGAGGAAGAUAUCCGCCAGGAAUGGGCGGCGGAGGUCGUGGUGGGAGCUUAAACGGAAACCCUAAUUUUCAACCGAGGAACCCCCAUCAACAGUAUGUCCAGAGGAGUCCAAUGCAGAACCACCAGCAAUUUCAGUACCAACAACAGUGGCUGAGGAGGAAUCAAUUGGGUGCCGAUUCGAACGCCGAUGAAGUGGAAAAAACCAUACAGUCCGAAGCCAUUGAUUCAAGUUCACAAGACUGGAAGGCACGGUUAAAGAUUCCUCCACCUGAUACUCGGUACAGGACAGAGGAUGUUACAGCCACUAAAGGAAAUGAAUUUGAAGACUAUUUUCUGAAGCGUGAGCUGCUUAUGGGAAUAUAUGAAAAGGGGUUUGAAAAGCCAUCUCCAAUUCAGGAGGAAAGUAUUCCAAUUGCUCUAACCGGAAGUGAUAUUCUUGCUAGAGCUAAAAAUGGAACUGGGAAAACCGCUGCCUUUUGCAUUCCUGCCUUGGAAAAAAUUGAUCAAGACAACAAUGUUAUUCAAGUUGUUAUACUUGUUCCAACACGAGAAUUGGCUCUUCAAACAUCACAAGUUUGCAAGGAGCUUGGAAAGAACUUGAAAAUUCAAGUCAUGGUUACCACUGGUGGUACCAGUUUAAGAGAUGAUAUAAUGCGUUUAUAUCAACCUGUUCAUUUACUUGUUGGAACUCCUGGAAGAAUAUUAGAUCUUGCGAAAAAAGGAAUCUGCAUUUUGAAAAACUGCUCAAUGCUCGUCAUGGAUGAGGCUGACAAGCUUUUGUCUCCAGAGUUCCAACCAUCAGUAGAGCAGUUGAUUCGUUUUCUGCCUGCAAAUCGUCAAAUUUUGAUGUUUUCAGCCACAUUUCCUGUUACUGUGAAGGAUUUCAAAGAUAGAUAUUUACAGAAGCCUUAUAUUAUCAACCUUAUGGACGAGCUUACUCUUAAGGGUAUAACACAAUUUUAUGCUUUUGUUGAAGAAAGACAGAAAGUCCACUGCCUAAACACACUUUUCUCAAAGCUGCAAAUCAACCAAUCAAUUAUUUUCUGCAAUUCGGUGAAUCGGGUAGAACUUCUCGCAAAGAAAAUUACAGAGCUUGGUUAUUCUUGCUUCUAUAUUCAUGCAAAAAUGCUUCAAGAUCAUCGCAACAGGGUGUUUCAUGAUUUUCGUAAUGGUGCAUGCAGGAAUCUUGUUUGUACAGAUCUUUUUACAAGGGGGAUUGACAUUCAAGCAGUCAAUGUCGUCAUCAACUUUGAUUUUCCUAAAAACGCAGAAACAUAUCUCCAUAGAGUUGGUCGAUCAGGGAGGUUUGGACACCUUGGAUUAGCAGUGAAUUUGAUCACUUAUGAAGACCGCUUCAACUUGUAUAGGAUUGAGCAAGAACUUGGGACUGAGAUAAAGCAGAUUCCUCCACACAUAGAUCAGGCUAUUUACUGCCAAUGACACGUAGUAGAUAUCUGGCUAUAUAAUCAACUGCGGUAAUGACAUGUUUCAUUUGCCUAUUUUGCAGAGUUGAUAGGCUGCCUCCUUGAGAAGGUACAGAACUCAGCAUCUGAGGGUACAUUCUGAAAAUGGCGUUUGUCACGGAAGAUCUCUGGUUGUUUUUAGGUGCAUAACCCCUGUAGUGCUAUUCUUAGAUUUCUGGCUUUUCAUGGCCUUAAACUUUGGCAGGAUUCGAGGAACUCUAGAAUGGGUUUAGAUUAUUUUGAGAUAGGAUGAGUUCAAUUUGCAGACCGUCUUUGGUUUUGUGAACCAACUAGUUUGGUGAUAUUUAACUUGGACUAGUUUGGUCACUAUUGAUAUGUACGUUUUCUUCCUUUGUCUCUCGUUCUUUGGAGUAAGAUGAUAUGUAUGCUUUCUGUGUAAAA